GCAUUGUUCACAAGCGAACCGAAAAUAUUCUUUGCUGGUGCGCAGUUGUUGUUUCCACAGACGUGUCAAUUGUUUGUCUAAUUGCGCUAGAAAAAAGCCAACGACGCCAAAGCACACAUGCGCAUUCCAGUGGACAAAGUAGGAAGACAACCCACCACCACCAGCAGCAGCCCCACGAAAAUCGCAGUACCAGCAACCCAGCGACGCGGAGGAGGGGGUGGACUCCACUUUUCCAGGGAGAAAGCGAGCAUACCAGAAUCGGAAUAGGAGAAUCUCAAUUCAAGCACGAAUCCCAGAGAGAAGACGAAGACAACGGUAUUUGAGCCCACGACAUUCCGCUGCUCCGUCAGUUUUCAGAGGACCUUCGAAGUGGGCAGCCGAGAAUCCAAAGUCUCCUGGCAAUAAAUCGAAAAAAAAGAAAAAUUCCAGAAAAAAUCUCAAGUGGUAAUUGGCUUGCGAAUCAAAUUACUUUAGUUGUGCCAACCAGCAAAUAGUAAAUUGCAAAAUAAUAACAAAAAAGCUAAAAACUCGAGCGUGGCGUGUGUCCAUGUGGAAAAUCGAUCGAAUCGCAGAAUAUUUAUCGUGUAAUUGUGCCUAAAAGCCACGCAAUUCGCAGUCCGUUUUAUUGAUUUUCCCCAGCGCCAGCUGCUAUAAAAAAAAAACCUCAAUUCUUUUCCCUUCCAUUACGAUCUGCACAUCUCUUGGCCAUAUCAACAUCAUCACCAUCGUCAUCUUGCAGCGUGCAAAAUUCAAGUUAAAUGCGAGAAUUUACAUAACGCCGAGCGUUGAAAGUGAAACUUCUGUGGUGCGAACACUGAACACUGAAAGAAAGGAAAACCCAUUACAGGAUAUUAUAUCUCUGAAAAGUUUUGGAGCGCAAGGAGAGCGGCAGAGCAGUGGAAAAGAGAGGAAACGAGAGAGUACGAGCCGAGAGAAAGAGAGAGCGUUGAACGUGCGCACGUUUUCCUGGUCAGGAAACCACACCAAACACCACUAAUCCUUGAGAGAAUCAGCGGGAGCAGGAACAGCAGUAGCUACCAAAAGCCAUCAUCAUGUUUUCGGGCCUAACAAAUCAAUUCACCUCGCUGGUGGGCGCCGUUAAAGGAGGCGCUGGCGACGAGGACGUGCCCGCGCCCACAGGAGAAGCGGCUGCAGCCGCUCCAGCCGCCGCCUCCACAUCCUUGGAGGCCACGGCCUCCUCUGCCGUGGAUCCGGAGGCAGCCGCUGCCGUCGGCGGUGAAGGACUCGAGGGCGAGGAAGCUGGCAAGAGACUUCCUAAAUCCGCAUCCCUGGUUGAUUCUUUAGUCACCGAAGCCACCGGAUGGUUGGGCAGCGCCAAGGGUUGGCUGGGAAACGCCUCGAUACCGUCGAUGCCAGCCAUGCCGUCGAUGCCAUCGAUGCCAGCCAUGCCAGCGAUGCCGUCGAUACCAUCGAUCCCGGGACUCCGCAAGGCCGGAGGAGCCGAAGGAGCCGAGGGCGCCGAGGGAGCUGCCGCCGGAGAGGGCGGGGUCGCCGCCAGUGGAGCCGUGAGUGGUGGCGAGGAUGACGACAAGUCGAGGUAUAUUAGCGCCACGGAGGGCGCCGAUUCGCAUCCUGCAUCGGGCGGAGGCACGCCCACCGGCGACGAGGGUCAAAUCGGACAGGGUAAGGGCGAUGAAGUCAAAAUUACCACAAAAGUAACACAGCAGGCCAAACACUUUGGCUCCUUCUUGUCAUCGGCCAUCAGCAAGGCUGGCAGCAAAAUCAAGGAAACAGUCAAGGAUAAUACCAUUCUCGACUCGUUCAACAAGGAGCAGGAGGCCUUCAUCAAGGGCCAGGGCGGCGUGGGCAAUGGAGCAGCUCCCUGGAUAGGGCAUGCCAAUGAGGCCAAGAUCAAGGAGGAGAUCUUGGGCCUGUCGCAGGAUCGCCGCAACUUCGUGCGAGCCCCGCCCGCCGGCGUGGACUUUGAGUUUAGCUACGACACCGCCUAUCCCACGGCCAUAGCCAUUAUGGCCGAGGACAAGGCGCUCGAGACGAUGCGAUUCGAGCUGGUGCCCAAGAUCAUCACUGAGGAGAACUUCUGGCGGAAUUACUUCUACCGCGUCUCACUGAUCAUCCAGGCCGCCGAGUUGGGCACUCUGGGCGCCGAUGGUGUGGGCCAGGCUUCCAGCGGCGAAGAUGCCAACAUAGUGGCCAACAAAGAGAGCACAUCCAAGACUGUCGAUGAGCCAGCCAAGAGCGAUUCGAGCCUGAAGGCCAUUGCCGAGCAGCCAAAGGCCGUGAUAGAGCCGGAGGCCCAGGAGUCCGAGUUGGUGGCCAAGUCGGAGAAGGCUCGUGCCGGCAAAGAGCUGGGCCAGAAGAUCUCCGAAUCGGAAUUCGUUUCGGACGACUUCCAGGCCUCCAGCGAAUCGGACUUGGCUGAGAUCCAAGACGGCAUGCGCAAACUGGGCAUCGAUAGCAUGACCCAGCAGGCCCUAGCCACGACUGAUGAGGAACAAUGGGAAAAGGAUCUGGAAGCUGAACUCAAGGACUACGAGGUGGUUGACGAAGGCGGCACUGCAGGCGGAGGACGCAGGAAAAAGGACGACACGGAGGCGGAGGAGGACGAACCGACAAUAUCAAACUUGCGCACACGCUCGACUAACAACGAUUGGGAGGAGUACGCCGAUUUAAUUGAGGAUACCGAUGAUUUAAAGUAAUUAAGAGCUUAUAUCGUAGUUUCUUCUAAGUUGGCUCUAAGUUUAUAACUAUCUUUACUUUAUCUUUCUUUCCAUUCCUUUCUACCCUUUGUUUCCUCCUUGAUUGAAUACCCUAAUAUUGUUAAACCUUAAAAUACAUAAAAAAAACAAAUUCGAAACCACAGAACUUUGAAGUGCCUAAAGCGCACCAUGUUGGGCUAUCCAUGAGACGAGGCAGUCCCAGGGCUCUUCUAGUGCCGGUGGUCCGCAAUCCCAGACAUAUCCCUGGGGCCUUGCCUUGGGCUGGCCUAUUGGAAAAGUUGGUUGAGAUACUACCCCUCCACACCCCACACUCAAUUAUUGGCCCCAGAGCAAUGCGUUCUAUUCAGUUACCUUCAGACAUGAUAUAAGACACUAAAGCAAAAGAAAACGAUUUUAUUCAACCUUAACGUUUUAACC